AUGGACAACUGGUGGCCCAAUGCCCAGGGCUGCUCCGUGGUUCUGUAUCAGCUGAGUCCCAUAGGGUACGGGAUGCAGCGUCCUCAGCCACUCGCACGCCUGGUGCCAUUGGGCCAUUCAAAGGUGGGCAAGUUUGGUCAGAACGCUCUUCCAUGCGUUGUGGGGGAGUGGAGUCACUGGAGUGGCUGUGCAGAACAAUGUCAGCCUGGCCUGCGGAUACGUAGGCGCUAUGUACAACAGGAACCAAAAAACGGUGGGGAACCUUGUCCUGCUUUAGAGGAGAAGGCUGGCUGCCUGGAGUACCUGACUUACCAGGGAGAGGACUGCGGCCACGAACAUGUCCCUGCUUUCAUAACUACCUCUGAAUAUGGUAAAGAAAGAAAACGACGAGCAGCAUCUUCCCUCUGGCCUUCAGACAAAGAAGCAGCUGGGUAUUGUGUGGAAUUUAAAACAGAAUCACUUUCACACCACUGUGCUUUGGAGAAUCGGCCGUACGCUCGAUGGAUGCAGUACCUACGAGAGGGACACACCGUGUGUGUAGCUUGCCAGCCUCCAGCUAUGAAUACCGACACGCAGCGGUGUUCUGGAGAUGGCCAUAACGCAGAUGGAGGUAAAAUCUUACACUGGGAAGCAGUUGGCAACUCUCAGUGCCAAGGAACCUGGAAGAAGAUUCGACAACUGGAACACUGUUCAUGUCCCCUUGUGCAUAGCUUUAUUUUUACAUAAACGUU